AUGCAUCUGAAGAAAUCAACUGUAGCAGAACGGCGGUAUAUCGGAAAAGAAGCCGCCGGUUGUUUAUCAUCUUCCGAUUUGGAUCCAAAACCUAAGAUUAAACAUCAUCGUCCUCUUCAGGUACCUGAAAUUCGUACAUCAGACAAAUCUUCAUAUAGAACCGCCAUUGGUGAAGGUCCUGGAUUCACUCUGUAUAAUCAAGUUCAAGCUCAGAGUCAUCUCACCGUUGAAAUUCCAGAUUCGCCUCAUAAGAGACCUGUGGUGGCUCGAUCUUCUAAUCCGUUUGAUUUCGUCCCCAACGUUGACGAUUUCCGCCGUGGAGGAGGAGGAAGAGGAAGACAUCGCGGAAGCUUGGGUUCGAUUUCUUCGUACUGUCCGUCGUAUAUUUUGUCGUUUCUGUCUUCGUCUCUACCAUCGAUUCCAUCAGCGACUAAUCAGAAGCUUCUUCGACAUGUUCUUCGUGUUCGAUUGAUUUGUUUCCAUCUUCGUUUCUUACUUCUUCUCUCUGUUCCUCCUCUUUACGUCUUCUUCCUCUUGAUUAGCUUCCGAUUCUUCCUUCUCUUCGUCUUCGCGAUUAUCGGUUUAUCCUUCAUCUUUUCGAUCUCUCUCAAAUUCGCUCUUCCUCACCUACCAUCAAUUCGCUUGAUUAUCGCUCGAUUGCUUCCUCUCAAGCUUAGCCCAACUAGAUCCUCCUCAUCGUCUCAGCAAAGCACGAAACACGUUGUGUGGUCGAUUGGUUCGAAGCCCGUUACAGAGAAGAAGACUAAUUCUGGCUCUUGGGUUCAAAAGUAUAGCUCCGGUGAUGUAUACGAGGGAGAGUUUCAUAAGGGGAAGUGCUCAGGAAGUGGAGUGUAUUACUAUUCAAUGAAGGGUAAAUACGAAGGUGAUUGGAUUGAUGGGAAAUAUGAUGGUUAUGGAGUAGAAACAUGGGCUAAAGGAAGUAGGUAUCGAGGUCAAUACAGACAAGGAAUGAGGCAUGGAACUGGAAUCUACAGAUUUUAUACAGGGGAUGUAUAUGCUGGUGAGUGGUCUAAUGGACAGAGCCAUGGAUGUGGUGUAUAUACCUCUGAAGAUGGUAGUCGAUUUGUUGGAGAAUUCAAAUGGGGUGUUAAGCAUGGCCUUGGUCAUUACCAUUUCAGAAAUGGUGAUACAUAUGCUGGAGAGUAUUUUGCAGACAGGAUGCAUGGUUUUGGAGUGUAUCAAUUUGGAAACGGACAUCGGUAUGAAGGUGCCUGGCACGAGGGGAGAAGACAAGGGCUUGGUAUGUACACAUUUAGGAAUGGUGAGACACAGGCAGGCCAUUGGGAAGAUGGUGUUCUCAGUUGUCCUACCGAGCAGACCACCCGUCCUGAUUCGUCRUUUUCGAUCAGUCAUUCGAAGGUUCUUGACACUGUCCAGCAAGCAAGGAAAGCAGCCGAGAAAGCACGUGAAGUCGUGAAAGUGGAAGAGAGAGUGAACAGAGCAGUGAUGGUUGCAAACCGAGCAGCGAAUGCUGCUAGAGUCGCUGCUACAAAGGCCGUCCAAACCCAAACAUUUCACAGUAGUGGUGGCGAUGAUCCCUAG